CUGAAGAGGCGCAAUCAGGCUGCGCGUUGUCGCAGUGUCUGCGUGCGUGCGUGCUGACGGAGCCGGUGCGCUGGUAGCCUCCGUGCUGUACUAUGGACCUGCGGAGCAGUGCAGAGACAGACCCGGGUCUCUCCGAAUACCACUCCGACUCCGUCCCGCCGGAGCUGCAGUCCAAGAAGCAGGAGCAGGAGAAGCUGUCGGGGGUGGUGAAAAGCGUGCACCGAAAACUCCGCAGGAAAUACAUAGAAGUGGGCGAUUUCGAGAAAAUAUGGCGUGAACAUUGUGAAGACGAGCAGACUCUCAGCGAAUAUGCCAUGGCCAUGAAGAACUUGGCUGACAACCACUGGGCGAAUAAAUGUGAGGGCGAGGGGCGCAUUGAGUGGUGCCGCAGUGUUUGUCAGGAGUACUUCCAGGAUGGAGGGAUGAGGCGUGUGUUGGAGAAGGAUGAGAAGAGUGCUAGACACGCAGCAGCUGGGAAUAACACAUCCGCAAUCUCUCUACCACAACCGUCCUCUUCAAGCUCAAUGUUCCAGCUUGGGAGAAUACGGCUGUUGGAUGUGGGCAGCUGUUUCAAUCCCUUCCUGAAGUUUGACGAGUUUCUGACUGUCGGAAUCGACAUUGUGCCAGCAGUAGAGAGCGUCUACAAAUGUGACUUUCUCAACCUGCAGCUGCAGCAACCUCUGCAGCUGGCCAGCGAUGCUUUGGAUGCCUUCCUGCAUCAGCUGCGCGGCCCCAUCGACUCUUUACCUGCCCAGCUGUUUCACGUGGUAGUGUUCUCCCUGCUUCUCUCCUACUUCCCCUCACCCUAUCAGCGCUGGCUCUGCUGCAAGAAAGCACAUGAACUCCUGACCCUGAACGGCCUGCUCCUCAUCAUCACCCCUGACUCCUCCCACCAGGGCCGGCACGCACUUAUGAUGCGCAGCUGGCGAGUUGCAGUGGAGUCUCUGGGCUUCAAGCGCUACAAGUACGUCAAGUUCUCUCACAUGCACCUGAUUGCUUUCCGCAAGGUGUCGCCCACCACCAUCAGCGACCUGGUCAGCCGCAACUACCCGGAGAUGCUUUACAUCCCGCAGGACUUUAACACGUACGAUGAGGAUGGAUUCGCAGAUUGCUACGAGCCUCCACGCUCUGAUUUCGAGGACGACCAGUUGGUGUGUAGCUUUGCGGAAUUGCCAGACACACCGUACGAUUCAGACUCGGGCGAGAGCCAGAGCGGCUCAGCUCCCUUCCACAAGCUGGAAGACCCUAUUUUGCUGCAGAGUUGAACUUGUUUACUGCCCCUCUCGAUAUUUCUAGCCUACCUUCGUGCUGCCAAAAUUGCUGUGCUGCGUUUGUUUACUCAAGCCCUUUUUAAGCAGCAAACAGUUUGCACAGAGUGAAUGAGGACGUUUAAGUGGGCGUUGAUUUUUAAGAGUGUGCAAGAUAUCCCUUCGAACACAAAUGUACACACUAAACGGUCUUAAUUAAGAAAGUGAGGUGGUUUUGUAACAGAAGCAGCAUCGUGAUUUUAGGUCAAGGAAGAUUUAGCUCACCCACUUUUUGGCUGUUUUCUCAUUUGUCAACUGGAUAAACCGUUUCAGACUAGCUUAACUUAUAGCUUAGGCGUAGUUAUUGUCUGUGACAAGAUCUAAACUUUUGGCUGGAGUUACUAUACUGUUUUGGACUUUUUCCAAUGAAUUCCAAAAAAGGAGUUCAGCCAGAAAUGAACCGAAUCAUCAUUUACACAUCCUCAUGUCACUUCAAACCUGUAUGAACAAUGUUAUAAGAACAAAAACAGUUUGACAUUAGAAAAAAAAAAAAGAAAGAAUACAGUUUUGGAACAUCGGGAUGAGGAAAUAAUGACAGAUUUUUUCAUUUUUGUGUGAACUAUCAAAUUAAUGGUUUGAUUCUUAGCAAGUUUUCACUGGAUGUUUUAGAUGGCAAUUUCAGCCAUCUGUGCUACCGACUUUUUUGGAAUAGCCUUUAUCAACGAUAUUUGUAGCAUUUUAAGUGUCUGCCGAACCUGUGCGUGUUUUGCUACGUGACAAUUUAACUGUGAAUGUGGAUUUCUCGCUUCAACAAGGUACAAAUCAUGCGAAGUAAUCAUAGUUUUUCAGAACAAACAAUCUUGGAGGUGACCACAUUGGAUGCAUGCGUUGUGGUAACAUGUUUCUAAACUUGCGAUCAAACGGCCUGAAAGUAGCUGCGUGUCUGCCUUCGUUUUCAUUUUAACCGCUAAUGUAACCAGUAAUAUCCGAUUACUUGUCAGUAGUAUGGAACAGGUUCGAGUUCUCUGCAUUUCGCCGUAAUGUGACUUUGAGUAGAAUAAUUGUUUACUCUUGACUGUUUACUCUCGAAAUCUUUGGUUGCUCUAAAACUACUUCCUGUAUCGUUAUCUGGUGUAUAUCCUAUUAAGUUUCAGUACAUCAUUUUAGUUACUAAAUGACUGAAUAUAACUUUUAAGGAACAAAAGUUUGGAAAGUUCUCUGCCAAAUGUUGAUCUCAAGUACUCCAAAAAGAUUGUUGCCUAUCAUGUUUUUAGCUCCUAUGUAUGUAACUGCAGAAUUUGCAGAUUUUUAAAUUCACCCCAGGUUCUAAAAAACACUAUUUUGACUGUCCAAGCACAUUUUUGCACAUUUUUUAUAACACCCUCCAUGUGGGUUGACAAAAUAUCGAUAUUGGCAUCAGCACUUCGUUGGAAUAGCAAUACGUUCAUAAUCCUAAACGGUCAAAUUCCCCAUAUCACUGUAACCUGGCAGUUAAAUUGAGUGACUGAUAUUAGGCACGGUUUUCUAUUUUAUUCAUGUGGUUAUCGUUUUGUAAACCUGAUGACAUGAGAAUAUGUUGUGAUGGGUCUUUACUCAUAAAGGAGUGUGUGAGAUGUGCUUUAGAGUUCUGUUGAAGCGUAUAUGUGAGGUUUUGGUGUUAGGCACUUUAAAUGUGUUGUAGAGGUGCCAAAAAUAAGUGUGGAAAGAUUCGAAAUUGUAAUAGAUAUCAGUAUGUGAGCUUUCAGGGUAUCGGGGGGAAAAAAUCCUCCUCAAGGUGCCUUCAAACCUAAAUUGUAUUUUUGCAUUUGUGAUUACAUGGGCUACUGAUGGUCAUUAGGAAGUGUGAUAAUUUCUCUCCCACAAUAAACCGUUACAAGUAUACAUACUUUCAGAGAAUUAACCAGCUCUUGGAAAAAAAUUACUAAAAAACUGCCCUACUAGCAAUAGUAUUUAAAGGUAUUCUUUAAUCUGUACUCUAUUUAUAAGUCGGGGGGAAAAAGCUUUGAAUUAUAUUGCUAUACUUGGUGGUGUGUUCAAACAUUUACAUCUCAAAUGUCUUUUGUCUUCCCCAGGCUCUGAUCCACUGUUUGCAUGAUUAAUUUUUUGUAUCAGUGUUAUGAUUGUUGACUCCCACAGAACCAGACUAUUUGUGAUGAAUAUUGUUAUUCAUCUUUUAUAAAUAAACGUUUUUGUUGCCUUC